AGUUUUGCGCACUACCGCCCCCGCGCGGUAGAGCUGCGGAAAACGGGUAUGGCGUGCCCAUGACGAGUCGUGCAGAAAAUGCAAAAAGGGAAAAACGGCAUUCUUUGCGGCUUCGCAGAUUGAAUUUGCGCAACGCACUUGCAUGUCUGCGCUGCUGUGUGAACCCGCUCGCAUGCCCUCCCGCCUGCGCGCCCGCCCGUUCCCUCCGCUGUACGGCGCGCCUGCCCGUCAGCUGCAGAUUGUGCAUGGUGGCCCCGAAAGGCAGCAGCUUCCAUAGGACUGGGCCGGUGGUCGUUAGGGGGCGUUUAGCGUUUUUUUUUUUUCUUUUCUCUUCGGGACUCUCCAUACCUUGUUGCACCCUCAUCCCUCUCCUCUCGGCCCCCUCUUGUACCGCCGCCAUCCUCCUCCUCCUCCUCCUUGUGGCGGGCUACCUUAAACGCAAUCACCCUCUCUACACCAUCCCCUAUCUUCUCUCCCUUUCUCUCUAUUCUUUUCCCACUGGGGGGUCUGCAAUCUCCCCCACCCCCACUCCAUUCCCCCCGCUGCCCACCAUCGCCUCAUCGAUUCCCGAAUCCUCUUACCUUCUCCAUUCUUCCUUCUCCCCUUUCUUCACCUGUCGCCCGCGUCUCUUCGUUCUCUCUUCCCGUUCGCAGUCCUCCCUUCCACAGCGCGAUUCCUCACCGUCUCACAUUUCCGAAUCGCCGUCUUGACGUUUCUGUUCCCCCGCCAUUUCGAUACAUACUGUUUUUCUUUACCGCUGUUGCUCUCCAUACCUUGUUCUUUUUUUUAUUGUCAACGUUGUUGUUUCUCUUUUCAAAGCGGAGCAGUUGCACUAGUCGCCGGCGGCGGCGGGAGCAUAUUUUGUUUUCCACUCAUCAGUUCAUCUUUUCUGCCCUAAUCUGAGAGUCCCUCUAGUAGCACAGCCAUGUCGGGGAAGGGUGCGAAGGGGCUCUUGAUGGGAAAAUCAGCAGACGGUGGAGACAAGAAAGACAAGAAAAAGCCAGUCUCGCGCUCAUCGCGUGCCGGACUUCAGUUUCCUGUUGGACGAAUUCAUCGGUUACUGAAGUCGAGAGUAUCUGCAAAUGGAAGGGUGGGAGCAACUGCUGCAGUGUAUAGUGCAGCGAUUCUCGAGUACCUGACUGCUGAGGUGCUGGAGCUUGCCGGAAAUGCAUCCAAAGACCUGAAGGUCAAACGUAUUACGCCGCGUCAUCUGCAGCUGGCUAUUCGGGGAGAUGAAGAGCUGGAUACGCUGAUAAAGGGAACAAUUGCGGGAGGAGGAGUGAUCCCACAUAUUCAUAAGUCGCUGAUUAACAAGUCGAGCAAGAAGGAUUGACAGGAAAGAUGAUGAUGGGCUCGAAUCUUGCUGAGCGAAACAACUUUAUUGCCAUCAUCCAAUCAGCAUGCAUCCUUGUUUGUUUCCAGAACAUGAUGUAUGACAUCUGGAAACGAAGAGGAUGGACUCCAGAUGGAAAGUCAGGAUGGGUUUAUGUGACGCCAGGUUCCCUUUGGUGGAAGCUGAACGGGUGGGUGAUGAUGUCAGGGGAUGUCAUUUGCUUGUUAAUGGGAAGGUAUGUGGAUCCAGUGCAUGCGAGUUCUUGUCUGGCAGAUGUAAAUGGACUGACGGUGAAUGGAUGGGAAAAAAAGGAGAGGAGAGGAAGAAAGAGGGAGAAAGAGGGGGGGGAGAGGGGGGGGAGAUAUGUCAACCUUGGGGUGGGUUCUACCCUAUCCAAAGACGGUUGGUCAGUCCGAAAAGGUAGCUCUAGCUAGCUUAAGGUGGCCUGUGAAGAGGCAAGUCAGCAGUCCGGAUGUCUUCUUGAGUUAUUCCGGGGAAGAGAGCUUGAAGUGAGAGAACGCUCCGUAGUUUUCAGUGAACUAACCUGGAUGUGUGCAAGAUAGUUAGAGAGAGAGUGAGUGAGAGAGAGAGAGAGAGAGGCCGUGGGAGACUUUGUAUAGAAAGGUAUGAUGCCUCCUGGUCUUCCCUGCCACAUUACUGCCAUUGAUUGGCUGUAACACAGACACUGACACCAUAAUGCACUUAACAGCAGCUUGUAUGCCCUCAUCCGUACCCCUUGUUCUUGAUGCUAAUUCAUCUUCGUGUACCCUUUUUGCUGGCCAGGAGAGUUGGUCGGGUUGGCUGGUGUUUUAGCAAAUUCUUGUUUCAACAAUUUGAAAUCGAUCCUUCUUUGUUUAUUCGUCCGUCUGUAUCUCAUGAUAGUCAGCCUUACCCGUUGGCCAAAAACUGUCAAAAGUUUGUGUAUUGCAGUGGGGCUACUUUGCCGGUACUGCCAUGUAUCCGUGUGCUGAAAGGUGUUCUCUGUUCUUGUGGAACCCUGUAUCUUGUGGCUCCCAUGGCCAUUUCUGUGCAUCAUUGGACUUUCAAGAUUCUAAUCCGAGUCCAAGAGAUGGGUUGUUCGUUCCCUUCACCCCUGUUAAGAGCUUCUGUAUUUUGUAUUUCUGCAGUGUCUUCGGUAUAUUUACAGCAGAGGCCAUGGCACGUCAUCCUAACUGUUGCAUGUUGUACGCGCUGAUUACCCUCGUCUGUCCCUCUUGCUCUGAAGUCUCAACCCCCCCCUGCCACACCCGUCUUGUGUGGUCACUUUGCUUCAGUGUGUAUUGAUAUCUAAGUUCAGCUGGCGGCUGCUGUGAAGAGAACCGAAGAAAGCUCCUCUCUCCAUCGACAGUGCCAAAUGAUGUUGAGAGCGGAAGCAGUCUCGGAUCCGAUCCUGCAUGUGAUGUUGCCUUCGCAUGUGCGGACACAGCUUACUGUGUCUUGGAGGUGGAUGCAAAAGGCACAAAGCGUUUUGGUGUUGCGUGAAGCACUGUGACGACUGCUAGAAUCAGGAGGCUCGGAACGGUUCCCGAGGGUUGCACACCACUGUACCUGGCCGUAUUAUGCAGAACAAUGCAGCAAACGUAUUUUUAUCGCCUCCUGACUGCGGUCCGUCCGCUUUUCAGAGUGUGGAGGGAACACAUUCCUGUUAGCAAGCGCGUAAGCAAAGGGGCGAUUGUGCAUUCUGCUGUGGCUAUUGCCGGACGGCGGCAAGUGUUGUGGAGGUCUGUGCUCUCUCUGGUAGUGUACUUGCAGUUUUAUUCUCGUGAUCAGGUCGGCAUCGUCGUCACUUUGAAGGUGUAAUCGGGCCGAUCCCUCUGCUGUUCUGGAAAGCUUUACUGCUGGUCAAUUUACAACUGGUCGACCCAGUCUAAGAGUUCAUGUUGAAGGGUGGGCCUUUGGAGUGCUGCUGCUCGUUGCCUGGGAGAGUGGGCCGACUCCUCCCUUAUAGACUAAGCGAAAUUUCUCCGUGGUUUUGGUUUGCUCUCACGGGGUGUAAUGUACUAGCAGGCAGAAAUAGUCUUGUACUUGGAGACCUGUAGUAUCUGAUGGAUUGUAGUUAUCUUUUGGCACAUCCUCUGCGGAAUAAGGCCAAUAAAUGUUGCUCGCAAAAGUCGUCCCCUUUUGGAUGCUGGCUUUUCAUAAUCAAGUUAACGGUCAAUGAAUGGGCACUCCACCGUCAGUUACUGAGGAGGGGGGGGGGGGGGGGGGGGGGGGGGGGGGGGGGAGAUGGUUGGGCGCACGAAGCAGGUGGUAGAAGAGAGGUGGCAGGGUGGUGAGUGGGGUGGGAUGGGGAGGAGCGCGUGGCAACCUACCUUCCUGUUCAUGAUUUUUGAUCUGCUUCACGAAGUGGACUAGACAAAUCCAUUUGUUGUUGUCAAAAGUUUUUGAUUGCGCGCUUUACUUUUUCUUUUCUGUUUUGAUUUAGGUACUCGAGCUCUUCUGCUCCAAGUGAUAUGUGUUUGUCCUCGUGUGCACACCAAGCAAGUGCACCUGACACGGCACCUGCAGGGACAAUGCUGUGGCGUAACAGUGGAUCACCAUUAGCUCCUCGAAAUGCUUGGUGCAAUCCUAAGCGCAGCGGCCAGAUGAUGACGAGGCUCCGAGCUCUUGAAGCUAUUCCUUUUAUUUUUGUUUGUUAAAAAAAAAACCUAAGAUACAUUCUUCUCUCAAUUUCAUGUCACACUAUCUACGUAUAUUACUACAACUAAUUGUAGUCAUGCCGGGGCUCCAUAGCGCAGCCAGAACCGUGUUCACGAGAGAACAUGAGGGGGCUACUUGUGCAGUGAUGGUUCAUAGUGUGCAUGCUUGUUUUUGUUUGUGAAUGCUAUAACGUUUUAGUCCCUCGUUUUGCACUCGAGUUGGUUGUCAGGAACCUCGCACAUUGUAGGUCUUUAUUAGUCGAUGAACUCUGGAGGGCGACACUGGAGUCGAUGUACUCUGGAGGCACUGCGUUGCAAUCUCGGCACCGUGUGGCGUUGUCAAAUUUGGGAGUGUCCAGUUGGUGGGAAGCUAAUGCCAAAAUGGUACGUUCUUCGUCCCUGAGAAUCAACGAAGCACCGGCGG